AUGUCUGAAGAACCAGUCGACGCUUCAGACUUUACCCAGGUUAGAGCAGACAUGGUGCUCACAUUUCAUAAAUGGUCUCAUCCGAUGUUUGAAGCCGGUAUAACCCGUGAAGUUAUGGCAAUGGCGAUGUAUGACAUGGCCAACGACUUUGAAAAGUUUCAACAGCUAGCAAAUGAGGAAACAGGAUUAUGUUUUGUUGAAAGAUGUAAACGCGUAACAGAGUCGCUUCACGUCAUUGCUAAAGUGGUGGAGUUAAUCGACAACCUUCCUCUACGAGCCCGGGUAUCAGCUUUGAAUAUGUUCAACGUUCUUGCUGAUCAAAUUGGCAGGCUCACCCUGCAUGGCUACACCGAAGAAGAUGAAUUUUCAGUUAUAAUGCGCGAGAAAGCUAAAUCCGAGACCUAUCGAUGGCAUCUUAGAUUUAGUGAUCCUGCGUGUGAGCCAAUGCAAAAGACACUUACUGAAUAUUGGGAAUACCUUCACUUCUUUCUCGCGGGUUGCUCUUGUUACAAUUGUAAGUGGGAAUAUCAGCUUCAGAAUGAAUUGAAGUAA